AUGCACCCAUCCAUCCAUUUUGCUGCCGGCUUCGCUGGCCACGAUGGUAGGCUGGCUGACGUCCGAAGGAGAGCCAACUUUCAACGCGAUGCGGCCGCAGCAUGGCUCCUCAACGGAGGAGGGCCUCGUUGGGUACCAAUGGCCUCGUCGCAAGCCUGCGCAUGGUUCGCCAGCGGCUUGUCCUUCGUUCUUGGCGACCGGGUGGAUGGAACCAUUGGGCGGAAUGCGUGA